AGCCGUUUAAGAAACCCCUUACAUGCAGUCAAGAAGCAGAACUCGCGACGUUACGUGGCCGCCAUUUUGUUUCACCGGGAGUAAAGAAACCAACCUGAAAAGCACCGGCGUGAAUAUUUUCCUUUAUUUCAAGCACCUUCAACACGGCAGAUCAGCAUCGUGCACCCAAGUUUAGAAUCGCAUGAUGUCUGGAGACAUGGCCACAGAUCAUGUAAACGGGAACGGCACGGAGGAACCGAUGGACACUACGGCGGCGGUGACCCAGUCUGAACACUUCCCAGCUCUACUGGAAGCUGGUUUACCUCAGAAAGUUGCCGAGAAGCUAGAUGAACUUUACGUAGCAGGCCUAGUAGCACACAGCGACCUAGACGAAAGGGCUAUUGAAGCUUUGAAAGAAUUCAAUGAGGAGGGAGCCCUGCAAGUGCUGGUCCAGUUCAAAGAAAGUGAUCUGUCACACGUGCAAAACAAAAGUGCCUUUCUCUGUGGGGUAAUGAAGACCUACAGGCAGAGGGAGAAACAAGGGACUAAAGUUUCAGAUUCCACUAAAGGACCAGAUGAGGCUAAAAUCAAAGAACUCCUGGACAGAACCAACUACACACUUGACGUAACAACAGGCCAGCGAAAGUAUGGCGGGCCCCCGCCUGAGUCGGUGUACUCAGGGGCCCAACCCAAUGUUGGAACAGAGAUAUUUGUCGGGAAGAUUCCCCGUGACUUGUUUGAAGAUGAGCUGGUUCCUCUCUUUGAGAAGGCUGGGCCUAUCUGGGACCUCAGGCUAAUGAUGGACCCACUGAGUGGCCUAAACAGGGGCUACGCCUUUGUCACGUUCUGCACUAAAGAAGCGGCCCAGGAGGCGGUGAAACUGUGUAAUAAUCAUGAGAUUCGCCCUGGCAAGCACAUUGGGGUGUGUAUAUCUGUCGCCAACAACAGGCUAUUUGUUGGCUCCAUUCCCAAGAGUAAAACAAAGGAACAGAUUGUUGAAGAGUUUGCUAAAGUCACAGAGGGCCUCAGUGACGUCAUACUGUACCAUCAACCCGAUGACAAAAAGAAGAACCGAGGCUUCUGCUUUUUGGAGUAUGAAGACCACAAAACGGCUGCUCAGGCUCGCCGCCGGUUAAUGAGCGGCAAGGUGAAGGUCUGGGGCAACGUGGUGACGGUGGAGUGGGCCGAUCCCAUCGAAGACCCUGACCCAGAGGUCAUGGCCAAGGUGAAGGUUUUAUUUGUGAGAAACCUUGCCAAUGGUGUCACGGAGGAGAUCCUGGAGACGUCCUUUAGUCAGUUUGGAAAACUGGAGCGAGUUAAGAAGCUCAAAGACUACGCUUUCAUUCACUUUGAAGAGAGGGAUGGUGCAGUGAAGGCAUUGGAGGAAAUGAAUGGGAAGGAGCUGGAGGGAGAGCCGAUUGAGAUUGUUUUUGCCAAGCCACCAGAUCAGAAAAGGAAGGAGCGCAAAGCACAGAGACAAGCAGCCAAAACGCAAAUGUAUGAUGACUAUUACUACUACCCUCCCCCUCCCCACAUGCCUCCUCCUGUCAGAGGCCGGGGCCGAGGCGGCAACCGGGGCGGCUAUUCUUACCCCCCUGACUACUAUGGUUAUGAUGACUACUACGACUACUACGGCUAUGACUAUCACAACUACCGCGGCGGCUACGAUGACCCCUACUACGGGUACGACGACUUCCAGGCCCCAGCCCGAGGGCGGGGUGGCAACAGGGGCGCCCGGGGUGGAGCCUCUCCAGCCAGAGGACGUGGUGGCGCCGGGGCACCCAGGGGCAGGGCCAACUUCUCCCAGCGUGGCGGGCCCGGACCAGGCCGCGGCGGACGGGGCGCAAGAGGAGGCGUACAGCCGAGAGGGCGAGGAGGGCAGGGAAAAGGGGUCGAGGCCGGUCCUGAUGUGUCGCUAUGAAGACUGACCAGCGUACGGCGUUACGCACUGCAGGCUGCCAGUGGAAGGAAUGGUAAGGUCAACUGACUCUGGUCUAAUGGCGCUCCUCCAGCCUUUUUUUUUUUUUUUUAAGGAGCAGAUCUCCUGAAACUGCCACGUUCGAAGAUAAUCAGAAGAGCAGAACUUGCUGCUGCUUCUUCUUUUUCUUUUUUUUUUUUUUUAAUAUAAAAGACUUUUAAGUUUAUAAGCCCCACCCCCAAAUAUCCUGAGUAGGAGUUCAUGAUGGACGUCCUUCUGGAAAAGUCUUUGCACUUUUUUUUGUUUGUUUUAAGUUUGGAGUGGUUUAGUGGAACUUGAUGCUAAUUUUUUUUUUUUUUUUUUCUUUGUGCUCUUAAACUACAUCUUUUGUGAUGGACUAGACACGAUAAUCUAUGAUUCUCAGCGAUGGCGUUGAGGUGUGAUCACCCGGUGUUGAAGGUCGGGCAUUCCAGGAAAAUGGUGCUUUAAGAGCCUAAGCCACCAUGGGUCCGUUAACUACCUCCGUUUCAAGGACUCGCCUGCUCUGCCCCGUUUUGUACUUGAGGAAACUGAGGCAGGGUUCGACCCCCACCCUUCCACCUCAGAGAUAUGCACAGGCAGCAACAGAACACUUAAUGAAUUUUUAGUUUUCAGUCGAGACUUGACGUAGGCUACAGCUACUGUUAGCACGUUAGCUGAUCCUUCUGAAAUGAGCCUGAACAAGCUUUGCUGUCUUGAAAUGAACUGAGUGAUGAUGUAGUUUACACGCAGAAAUUGUUUUUAUGACUGUAAAUUCUUAAAUGCCUGCAACCCUGUCAUCCUUUGUCUUCCACAAUGGGAAAACAGUCUUUUUUUUUUUUUGUUUUUUGUUUUGUUUGUACCCAUGGAUGUAAGGAUGUUUGCAAAGUAAUGUCUCAGGCUGUCGGCUCUGCACACACAUCUGUGUUCGUUCACAACGUGAAUGUUCACUGACAUCUAUUGAAGCUGCUUUUUAUUUUAGGGUUUCUAAGCAGGUCUGGAAGAAUGUGAGUUUAUUUCCGUGUCCUGAAAAGUUUAGGAAUCAAACUAAACAUGGCAUGGAAAAAGUUUUCAUUGCAAAAGCAUGAUUAUACAUUUCACAUUGUAUGUCACUGUAGACUGAUUAUCACACCGUAUAUGUGGUCCUGGUUAGAGUAAACUGGUGUUAAUUCAUGUAUUUUCACUAUCUGUGUACACAUUAUACUGGAAGUCAAAAUGUUAAGAGUUUAAAGGAGCAGACCCAUCCUAACAUAUUCGAACGUUGUGGGAAAUAACAGGCGUUGGUGAUGUACCUUGGCAUUUUUGGGCACAUCUUGUUUUACAGGGUGUGUAAUAAUUUACCUGCAGAGUGCUGUUAGAGAUGCGGCCACACAAGUUACUACCCACAACACUUCCAACAGCUUCAAUAGCUUGAGUUUCUCAGUGAGCGUUUUCCGUUGUGCUUCUUAGCUAAUAGAAAAAAAGACAAAUUCACCUUGAAUGUGAAACACAGCCAGUAUAAAACGUAAAGGAUCAGUCGGACGUUAUUCUGUUUUUUCUUAUUGUCAACAAAUUUAAUGAAAAGACCAAAACCAAUAGUGUUAGUUUGUCUCUGACUUCCUGUCUGUGGCUCUCAGCGCCAAUAACAUUGUUUCCUAGUAAAGAUGCAAAUCUUUAAAAACACCUCACAAAUAUGUAGUUUUAUUUCUUUUAUAAAAAAAAAAGGCUCAGUAGUUUCCUCAAACAGCUGCUCGCUGUAGUUUUUAUCAGACUAACAGGAGGAAAUAGUGCAUUUGUUGGGGACUAUUUUCAGCAGCGGAUGAAUCCACUAGUGAGUAAGAAGAUCCAUCAGGCUGUGAUUCACACAACACUUGUUAGCAGAGACGUUCACUGCUGGUUUUGGGCUUUUUAUGGAAUUUGUUGACAACAAAAUUAUAGCGUUUAACCAGACUUGUCCUUUCAAUGAUGUGAGAUAUUUACAGUCAGGUUUUUGGUGGGUGUUAUCCCAAAGUCCUAGUGCGUGGAGUAUUUUUUUAAACUCUCCCAAUUUGCACCAGUGUUUAGCAAUCACACGGGGAAGAAAUCAGUUGCACAGACAUCAAUUUCUACACCCACAUAAUGCAGCACAUCCACGAGAUGUUUGAAUUUUAAGUACGGGAUGUGGCCAUGGCUAUAUAGCUGUUUUAUAUAUAACCCUAACUCUUUAUUGGGGGUGGUGAAAGGCAUUCUGGGAAUUGUAGGAAAUAACAGAAUAAAGCAGUUUGAGUUUACUUCGUCACAAAGUAACUUUUUCAAUGCAUUGUACAUCACAGACGUACGUGGUUUUUAAUGGCGAAGCAGCUUCUGAGGUUGGAUUUCUCCAGCCUUUAGUGCGUCUUUUAGCCUAUUCUGACACUUGCCACGAAACGCGGUGUUUAGCAUUCUUCCAGUUCGGACAGGAUUGUGCAGCUUGUUCUUUCUCUUUUUACCAGAUUUAUGAAAGAGCCUGAUUACUUUUUUUCACACUAGUAUUGACUCUGUUGGAUCGCCAAUUUUAAGGGUCAAGAAUGAUUUUUUUUUUUUUUGUAUUUGUUUUUUUUUGUUUUUUUUGCUAACAAGUGUGUUUGCAUUUUUGCAAAUGAAUUGUUUUAUACUGUACAGUGAGGUGAGUUAAACCUAUUUUUCUAAUAAAGUUAUUGACUUUGA